AUGGAGACUGUCGUCUCUGACCCACAGCACCUGAAGGAGCUUUUCAAAGACUCGGAUCAGCAUUACAAAGCCGUCAACAAUGAUUCCGGGUACUUGAUGAGCCAGAUCCUAGGACAAUGCGUUGGUCUGCUCAGCGGGAAGUCAUGGCAAAGUCUACGAAGCCAAAUGGAGAUUCCAUUCACACACACGGCCAUCUCGAACAACGCAGCCAUUGUGCGCGAACAGACGCGAAAGUUUGUUGAGCAACUGCGCAAUAACGGAGACUUCCGCAACGGCAUAUUCGAUCCGGCCAAGGACAUUAGCUUCUAUCCGUUCCUUGUCGUUGCAACCGUCUUGUAUGGCGACCUCGAUGCAGAAGAUGUGCGAUGUCUUAGGAACAUUGCGCCUGUGCGCCAAAAGCUCUUUACCUAUGUUAUUAACGGUGGCAUGGCGCGAUUCUGGAUAUCCAAGUUCUUGCCCACCACGGCAAACAGACUUUUGGUCGAGUUCCGGCGAGAGUGGCUAAGCUUCAACGAAUCCAUGUACAAAAAGGCCAAGGCCAAGGGAGCUGUGACUGCCAUGACAGAGCUGUGGGAAGACUGCCAGGCGGGCAGGGUCUCUCAGACACAGCUGCUGCAAACGUUGGACGAGUCGCUCUUUGCCAAUCUGGACGUGACAACAGGCGCCAUCUCGUGGAACUUUAUCUAUCUCGCCGCAUCGCCCGAAGACCAAGCCAGGCUUCUCGAGGAAAUUGAGAGGGAGAGUGGGCCAGACGAUGCUCGCUGGGACGCCUACGUUGCUCGAGGCGAUACCUUUCUCGCAGCCUGCAUCAACGAGUCAUCGCGUCUGCGGCCCGUCGCACCUUUUUCUAUCCCGCAAGCUCCACCUUCGGACCGCAAGAUUGGCGAAUGGAUCAUACCCGCGCGCACAAUGGUCAUUGUGGAUACGUAUGGGCUGAACAUUCGCAACCCCUUCUGGGGCGACAAGAGCGGCGAGUACAUCCCGUCGCGGUUCUUGGAACUCAAGCCAGCGCAGACGCGAUACAACAUGUGGCGUUAUGGAUUUGGGCCGCGCCAGUGCAUGGGCAAGUAUGUUGCGGAUCGUAUGCUGCGGAGCAUAAUUGCGUCCAUUAUCAAGGAGUGGCAGGUGCAGCUGCGACCACAAGAUGCGAACCGCGACUACUCUGUGAAUCCCGACGAGUGGAUCACACACCCUGAUAUCCGGCUCAUCUGCACCAAGCGACGGAGCUGA